CUGUUCAGGCAGUCUGAGCCUACUACAGAAGAACCUUCAGUUGCAGCACCAUGAACCAAAGUGCUGUUCUUAUUUUCUGCCUUAUCCUUCUGACUCCGAGAGGAACUCAAGAAAUACCUCUCUCUAGGACUACACGCUGUACGUGCAUCAAGAUCAGUGAUCGACCUGUUAAUCCAAGGUCCUUAGAAAAACUUGAAGUGAUUCCUGCAAGUCAAUCUUGCCCACGUGUUGAGAUCAUUGCCACAAUGAAAAAGGACGGGGAGAAAAGAUGUCUUAAUCCAGAGUCUAAGACCAUCAAGAAUUUACUGAAAGCAAUUAGCAAGAAAAGGUCCAGAAGAUCUCAAACACAGAAAGAGGCAUAAUCACUGAACUACCGAUAAGGAUGGACCACAGAGAAGCUACCUCUGCCGUCACUUCCCUACACACAGUAUAUGUCAAGCCCUAAUUGUCCGUGGAUUGCGGUUCUCCUAAAAGGUGACCAACCACAGUCACCAAAUUGGCUGCUACUGCUCCUGCAGGGCGGUGGAUGGCUCAUCGUCCUGAGCUGUUUGGUAGUAACUCUGCCCUGGCACUACACUAUAAGCUAUGCUGAGGUGCUACAUUCUUAAUGAGUGUGCCAAGCCCUAGCCCUGCUACUGACAGCCUGACAGCUUCCUCACCUUUUCUAUCUUCUAAAGGGGGUUAUGAAGGGGUCUUCCCCCUCUGGGCUUAUCAGGGAUCUUAGAAUCUCAAAUAACUAAAAGGUAUUCAAAGCAAUAAUACAAUCUGCCUUUUAAAGAAAGAUCUUUUCUCCAUGGGCUUCUACUGCCAUCCCUCCAAGGGGCCCAUAUUCUUCCGGGUGUUAUAUACAUAAUUCCAAAUACACAGAACCAGCUAGAAGUAUCUGGAAAUGUAUGUGAAAAUAGUAUUAUUUAG